GCCCCCUCAUCCACCAUGCGGCCCUCUCGGCCAGCCCAUCGGGGGCGCUGCUGCCGCUGUCGCCGCCGCCUCGGGGGCCCUUUGGCCACUCCCCGCCUCGGCUAAGCGCCCUCCCCGCGGCUCUUCCUCCUCCUCCUCGCCAGCGUUCCUCGGGCUCCGCAUCCUGCCCCGCCUCGCCUGGGGAGCGGGUGGCUGGCAUGGCGUGCGGAGGGGCCCCCGGGGGUCCUCCUCCGCCCAGCCCGGCCCCGCUGUGGUACCACAAGGACCUGAGCCGCGCGGCGGCCGAAGAACUGCUCGCCAGAGCCGGCAGGGACGGCAGCUUCCUGGUCCGUGACAGCGAAAGCGUGGCCGGAGCCUACGCCCUCUGCGUCCUUUUCCAGAAGCAUGUCCACACCUAUCGGAUCUUGCCAGACGAAGAGGAUUUUCUGGCGGUGCAGACAUCUCAGGGGGUCCAGGUGCGACGUUUCAAGACGCUGAGCGACCUCAUAGCCCUGUACCUGCAGCCAAACCAAGGCCUCGUCUGCACCCUGCUGUUCCCCGUGGAACGAGAAAAAGAGAAGGAGAACGUGGAGGAUAGAGACUACUCAGAUGGGGAGGAUGAGAAGCCCCCACUGCCACCCCGCUGUGGGUCUACCAGCCUUCCUAUUGGCAGCACUGCCACUGGUGUAGCUAGCAACGCCCCUGCUGUGCAGGAUGGAGCUCUUGAAAGCACCACCAAUGGGCUCAGCACCAUUUCCCACGAGUACCUGAAAGGCAGCUACUCCCUGGAUCUGGAGGCUGUCAAAGCUGGUGCCAGCAGCCUGCCUCACCUCAACAAAACUCUGGUCACCUCUUGCAAACGCUUGCACAGUGAGGUGGACAAGGUGUUGUCUGGCUUGGAGAUCCUGUCUAAGGUGUUCGACCAGCAAAGCUCUCCCAUGGUUUCCCGGAUCUUGCAGCAGACUGCUGGUCAGACAGGAGAGCAGGAGCUGGAGAGCCUGGUCCUGAAGCUGUCCAUCUUGAAGGACUUCCUGUCCAGUAUCGAGAAGAAGGCCCUGAAGGCGCUCCAGGAUAUGAGUUCCACAGUGCAGCCUGGACUUGCCCUGCCUUCCUCUCGCAAAACAAAGAGCAUUCCCGUUCAUGCGUUUGAGGUGAAGCUGGACCUGACCUUGGGCGACCUCACGAAGAUUGGGAAAUCGCAGAAGUACACCUUAAGUGUGGAUGUGGAAGGAGGGAAGCUGGUGGUGCUGAAGAAGCAGAAGGACUCCCAGGAAGACUGGAACACCUUCGCUCACGACAAGAUCCGCCAACUGAUAAAAUCCCAGCGGGUGCAGAAUAAACUGGGAAUUGUCUUUGAGAAGGAGAAAGACAAGACGCAGCGGAAGGAUUUCAUCUUUGUCAGUGCUAGGAAACGUGAGGCAUUCUGCCAACUCCUGCAGCUGAUGAAGAACAGACAUUCCAACCAGGAUGAGCCAGACAUGAUCUCCAUCUUCAUUGGCACGUGGAACAUGGGCAGUGUGCCCCCUCCCAAGAACAUUGCGUCCUGGCUUGCCUCAAAGGGCCUGGGCAAGACGCUGGACGAAAUGACUGUCACCAUCCCCCACGACAUCUACGUCUUUGGCACCCAAGAGAAUUCCAUGGGGGACAAAGAGUGGGUGGACUUCACGCGUGGCGUCCUCAAGGAGUUCACGGAGAUCGAGUACCGGCCGAUCGCCAUGCAGUCCCUGUGGAACAUUAAGAUAGCCGUCCUGGUGAAACCAGAGCAUGAGAACCGGAUCAGCCACGUCAGCACCUCCAGUGUGAAAACUGGGAUUGCCAACACUCUGGGCAAUAAAGGGGCCGUGGGAGUCUCUUUCAUGUUCAAUGGCACAUCCUUUGGGUUUGUGAACUGCCACCUCACUUCAGGCAACGAGAAGACAGCCAGGAGGAACCAGAAUUACCUUGACAUCCUGCGCCUCCUGUCUCUGGGAGAUAAGCAGCUCAGCUCCUUCGACAUCUCGCUCCGCUUUACACACCUCUUCUGGUUUGGGGACCUCAACUACCGCCUGGACAUGGACAUUCAGGAGAUCCUCAGUUACAUCAGCCGCAAGGAGUUUGAGCCACUCCUGAAGGUGGAUCAACUCAACCUCGAGAAGGAGAAACACAAGAUCUUCCUGAGAUUUAGCGAGGAGGAGAUCACCUUCCCUCCCACCUACCGCUACGAGAGGGGCUCCCGGGACACGUACGUCUGGCAUAAACAGAAGCCCACCGGGGUGAGGACAAAUGUCCCCUCUUGGUGUGAUCGCAUCCUCUGGAAGUCUUACCCAGAGACCCACAUCAAUAGCAACUCCUAUGGAUGCACAGAUGAUAUCGUGAGCAGCGACCACUCCCCUGUCUUUGCAGCCUUCGAAGUUGGAGUCACAUCCCAGUUUGUUUCCAAGAAAGGUCUCUCCAAGUCUUCCGAUCAGGCUUACAUCGAGUUUGAGAGUGUCGAAGCGAUUGUGAAGACUGCUAGCAGGACCAAGUUCUUCAUUGAGUUCUACUCCGCCUGCCUAGAAGAAUUCAAGAAGAGCUUUGAGAACGAUUCACAAAGCAGCGAUAACAUCAACUUCUUAAAGGUGCAGUGGUCGUCCCGGCAGCUGCCCACGCUGAAGCCUAUCCUCUCUGAUAUUGAAUAUCUCCAAGACCAGCACAUUCUCUUGACUGUCAAAUCUUUGGAUGGCUACGAAUCCUAUGGCGAGUGUGUCAUUGCCCUCAAAUCCAUGAUAGGCAGCACCGCACAGCAGUUCCUCACCUACCUGUCCCACCGCGGGGAGGAGACGGGGAACAUUCGUGGGUCCAUGAAGGUGCGGGUCCCUGCAGAACGGAUGGGGACCCGGGAGAGGCUCUACGAAUGGAUUAGCAUUGACAAAGAUGAGACAGGAGCCGCCAAGGGGAAACUUCCACCCACAGCAACACGGACCAACCUCGAAUACACCAAAUCUGUUGGGCGUAAACAUUCCCCCGGGGAUGCACCAGCGAUGGCAGCCUGUCCCGUCGGGAAGCUCUUGGACGAUCUGGAGAAGCCCAGUGCCCAGACAGCCAGUCGCCCGCCCGCUCCACAUCGUGGCACCUCCAAAGACGAAGCUUCACAAGGCAGGUCUAAGCAAGAUGUGAGCCUGGAUCCCGAUGGGCCCCCCCUGAAGAACAGCUUCAAUAACCCAGCCUACUAUGUGCUGGAGGGCGUCCCACACCAGAUGCUGGCAACGGAGCUGCCCCCGGUGACUGUGGCCAAGCCCCCAGCCCCCAGGAACAAAGUCCAGAUUACGGUGCCUAUCCAGCCGGAGCAUCGGCGCCCACAGCAGCCCCCCUCCCGGGCUGAGGAGAGCUCCGAGGAAGAGGAGCCGGGGGUUCUCAACCUGCCUCCCCCAGACUUCCCCCCACCCCCCUUGCCCAAGUCGGUGGAGUUCGAGGCAGCCGGAGACUCCUUCUACACGUCUGUGGCUGCCCGGGGGGAAGAGCAUGGGGCUAGCAAGCCCCGGGCGACGGUGGCCUUCAGCGAGCCCCUGGAGGCCAAACCCCCAAAGCUGCACCCCAGGCCGGCCCCAUCUCUGGGGCCAGGGUUCCUGAUGGAGCCCCCCAGCGCCCCGCAGGGUUCUGGGGGCCUCCUGGACGAUCGCUCGUGCUCCGUCCUUCAGAUGGCCAAGACCCUCAGCGAGGUGGACUAUCCCAGUGGCAACGGCGGUGGAGGGGCUGGGCUGGGGAGAGAGCAGCUGGGCCGCCCCCCGGCACAUCCCCUGACCAAAGUGAGGCUGGACCUUCCCCACCAUCGGUGCCUGCACCCAGACUACAGCCGCCCCAUUGCCUUCCCGCCCCGCUCCAUCCGUGAGAGCAUUGAAGAAGACCUGGCAGAGGAGACCCUGGGCCAGGAUGGACGCAGCAGCUCCAGGCAGAGCGAGUCCAGUGUGGGGGAGUGGCUGAGAGCUAUUGGCAUGGAGAGAUAUGAGGAGGGGCUGAUCCACAAUGGCUGGGAUGACCUGGAGUUCCUCAGUGACAUCACUGAGGAGGACUUGGAGGAGGCUGGCGUGAUGGACCCCAACCACAAGCGCCUUGUCCUGGAGAACCUGAGGCUCCGGAAGUAGCGGAGCCUCCAUGUGGCCCCCCAGGAUGUGCCCCCUUCCUUGUGACUUCAAAUCCCUCACCCACCACCACCCAGCUGCUGCCCCACGUGGGUGACUGUUGCGGAGUGCCAAGGAGCAGGUCUCUCCCUGGAGGGGAGCAGGACGAUGCCACGCAGGCAUCACCAAGAUGGCGCCAAGCCUUGGAGGCGAGAGCCGACGGUGAGAUGGCAGAAGACGCCGUGGCGUGGAUGCUCCCAUGGCCCUUUUUGCUCCUGCAGAAACAGGGACCCGACCAGCUGGGAGCUGAGGAGUGAACACAAGUGGUCCAGAGUCAGGCUGCUCCCGGGUGGUCCAGGCUGAGCAUUUCAGAAUAGCAACUUCAAACACCCCCUCCUCUCUCUCUUCCUCCCCCUCCCCAAUUCCACCCGCCCAGGCUGCUGGUUAAGUUAUUCUUAUUUAUUUACAACAAAAGAAGGAUCCCUCGAUUCUUUCUUUCUUCCUUUUCCUUUCAGAGAGCGACGCUUUUCCUCUCCUGCCCUCAGUGCCUUUGGGCCAAGUCUGGUCUGUUGGGUUAGGAGCUCCUGAAAUGAGCACAGCCCCUCUGCCCAUGCUGAAGACAUCUGUGAGGCAGGCGAAAGGGAGGGGAGAGCACCACGCCUGCAAGCGGUGUUGCACGCUGCCGGUGGAUCUCGGCCCGUGUUUGACUGCUUCACGAGCUGGGUCUGUGGAGUUUCAUUGGGACUCUGGGCAGCCAUUCUGGAGACCCUUGGGAGCCCUGAGGCAGUUCCAGACACAGUUUGCAAAGGGCCGGAUUUAGGCCGAGUCAGUAGAGACCUCCCCUUGGUCUGGAAGCCCUCUGGGGACAUUUGGAAUUAUUUUGCUGUUCCAAGAUAGGUCAGGAGGCAUUCCAGCAUGCCAGUUUGCUUCCUAGAGAGGAAAGGUGGGAGUUUAAUCUCUGCAGUGCUCAGGGUGCAUGUUCCCACUGAAAGGCCUUUUCUUUCUGGGACCAGCCUGCAAGGAAAGGGCCCCCCUGCCACCGCCGCCACUGCCCUCAUUCCUCUGAAGCACUCCUUGCUCCUUAGGAGCUACUAUGCAGCCUCCAGGGCCAUCAGGCAGCCAACACUCAUGUGCCUCUUGCUUCUUAAACAUUCAGCCUUAAUCACAACCCCACCUCCAUCUCCUCACCCCAAUACCCAAACAAACCCCAUGGAUGACAAUCUCCAGGCUAAUCUCAGGCUAACCUGCAUGUGUUAACAAGGCCACAAAAAGCCUACAAGGCAAAUCCUGCUGGAAUGCUUUGCAAAAAUGCAAAGGGAUCCGUUCAUUUCAAACACAAGGGCAGGUAAUCAACCAGCCCCGUCUAUCCAAUCCUGCGUGGAUAUCCCAGAGCAGCCGGUCGCAUGGGCCGUCCAGUGGGGAACGAGGGAGGUGGCUGCAAGAAGGAGCCCAGGCAGAGGCGAAAUUGCAUACCCUUGCUGCCAAAGUGAGAGGCAGGGCCUCUGUGCAGUCGUGUGGGAGCAGUCGGUAUGGGGAGUAGUGGCACCCCACUUCUCCCCUGGCGCUCAGUUUGCCUGUGUCUCGAUCAGGUAACGAGAGAAGAGUUUUUGUCCAUGUUUGAUGCUGGAGUCUCCCUGAGUCGUUCCCUGCCUUCACGGGGUCCUUCCUUUGCAGGACUUGAAGACAUACAUGAGGUGGGGGGGGGGGUCAUGGUGUUCUUACUUCUCUUCCCCAGAGAGCCACCUGGGCCCACAUCUUGUGCCAGAGCAAGCUCUUCCAAGGGAUUUGUCUUGUUUUGCUUGCUGUUCCUUGACUUGGUGAAGGUGGCUGACAUGAUACCUUCCUCCUGUGUGGAUGGAAACCAAGGUGCCUCUGCAGGGAGAGCAUUAAUAAGAUCCAGGGCAGGGACCUGGGUCAUGACAUUAGAGGAGACGCACGGAGUCAAGACACGGAUCUGAGCUCCGGCCUCGGUUUUACUUUCCUUUUGCCUUUGGGAAGUGGCUCUAAAGCCCCAGUGCCUUACUUUAUAAUAUGUGGGUUGGGAUUGGGGGGGCAGCUCUCCUACCUGCAGGAGGCUUCUAGGAAAUGUGCCGUCUUUGCUAGAGUCCCCCUUGGACCGUUUUGCACAUCAGCAAGGAGCAACUCUCUGUAACUGAAAUGAAGGAUUUCUCCUCUGCCUCUCUUUUUUGUGCGUGUUCCUCCUGCAAAAUUUGCCAUGGGGGGGGGGGAGGAGCAGCUGCCGUAUCCCUCCCCUGACCCAUCUCUCUUCAGUGAUUAUCCUUAGCGUUUGGUGUGAGUUUUAACCCUACUAAAUUUUACUGUUUUAUUUUAUAUGUAUGUUUUUUGUUUUUUUAAUGUUUAAUUUAAUUGUUGUUUGAAACUCCUUGUAUAUGCUUAACAUUUCAUGGCCUGAAGCAGGAAUCGCAAUGGUUUGUCCCUGCCCCCCGCCCACCCAAAAUGUCCAUAUUUCAUGACCUUUCCUGACUACCAUCUACAUCUCGAUGCAAUAAAAGGGCUUGUUUGCGUAAAAGAGCGUCUCUUGCUUUUUUAAUGGCCCUGCUCUCGUUUUUAUUUAUUUUUUUCUGGCGUUUAGAUCCUUCCUUUUUUCCGUCAUGGAACCCAAGGCGUGGCUAGCACCCCUGUGACUCCCAGGCCUUCUCCCAUCCUGGCACUGACCAGACCUGCACCUGCUGGGCUUCAGCUGAGGGGGUCUCUUCCUGUGACUCCAGGCUCCGGGGGUGGGGAACCUUU